GGGAUCAAGAAGGGGGGUUGUUGCUGGAUGCUGAUGUUGAACUGGCCAAGCUGGGUGGAAAGAAAAGGAGGGGAGGGGAGAAUCGAGGACAGCCGGCCUAGCCAGGCCGAGAAUGCAAUUGCCCCGGUGGUGGGAGCUGGGAGACCCCUGUGCUUGGACGAGGCAGGGUCGGGGGACAAGAAGGAUGAGCCCCGCGACCACUGGCACAUUCUUACUGACAGCUUUCUUAUUAAGCUGUGCCGAUGGCAUAAAUGGAACAGUUAACCGAAAGACCAAACAGGCCCACAAUUUUGUAAUCAGCAGAAAAAUGACUGCUGGGAGGAAAGACGUGUACACUAUUUUCUCGAAGGUGCACUCUGACUGGAAUGUGUACCCGUCUGCAGGUGUCCUCUUUGUUCAUGUUUUGGAAAGAGAAUAUUUUAAGGGGGAAUUUCCACCUUACCCAAAACCUGGUGAAAUUAGUAAUGAUCCCAUAACAUUCAACACAAAUUUAAUGGGUUACCCAGACCGACCAGGAUGGCUUCGAUAUAUCCAAAGGACACCAUAUAGUGAUGGAGUCUUAUAUGGGUCUCCAGCUGCUGAAAAUGUGGGAAAACCAACAAUCAUUGAGAUAACUGCCUACAAUAGGCGAACCUUUGAGACUGCAAGGCAUAAUUUGAUAAUUAAUAUAAUGUCAGCAGAAGACUUCCCGUUGCCAUAUCAAGCAGAAUUCUUCGUUAAAAAUAUGAAUGUGGAAGAAAUGUUGGCCAGUGAGGUUCUUGGAGACUUCCUGGGCGCAGUUAAAAAUGUGUGGCAGCCAGAGCGCCUGAAUGCCAUCAACAUCACGUCAGCCCUAGACAGGGGUGGAAGGGUGCCGCUUCCCAUUAAUGACAUGAAGGAAGGUGUUUAUGUCAUGGUUGGUGCCGAUGUCCCAUUUUCUUCUUGUUUACGAGAAGUUGAAAAUCCACAGAAUCAAUUGAGAUGCAGCCAAGAAAUGGAGCCUGUAAUAACCUGUGAUAAAAAGUUUCGUACUCAAUUUUACAUUGAUUGGUGCAAAAUUUCACUGGUUGAUAAAACAAAGCAAGUUUCCACCUAUCAGGAAGUGAUCCGAGGAGAGGGGAUUUUACCUGAUGGUGGAGAGUACAAACCCCCUUCUGAUUCUUUGAAAAGCAGAGACUAUUACACGGAUUUCCUAAUUACACUGGCUGUGCCCUCGGCAGUAGCACUGGUCCUCUUUCUAAUACUUGCUUAUAUCAUGUGCUGCCGACGGGAAGGAGUGGAAAAGAGAAACAUGCAAACACCAGACAUUCAGCUGGUCCAUCACAGUGCUAUUCAGAAAUCUACCAAGGAGCUCCGAGAUAUGUCCAAGAACAGAGAGAUAGCAUGGCCCCUGUCAACACUGCCUGUGUUCCACCCGGUGACUGGGGAAAUCAUUCCGCCUCUGCACACAGACACCUAUGAUGGCACCAACAUGCCACUGAUGCAGACACAGCAGAACUUGCCGCAUCAAACUCAGAUUCCCCAACAGCAGAGUACAGGAGAUUUUCGUUUGACAACUUUUCAAAGAUUUGAGGUAAAUGGUAUCCCUGAAGAAAGGAAACUGACCGAGGCAAUGAAUUUAUAACCAGACAAUACUGCAGUGAUGUGUAUUUCUUUUCUUUCCCCAAAAUGCAUGAAUUCUUCUGGCAUCUGGUGUGCAUGUUGACAGUAUUAAGUAUGUACCAAAUAAUACAGCAUAACUUUCAUUUUACUAAUGUAUUUUUUUGUACUUAAAACAUUUUUGACAAUUUGUAAGACAUUGAUGACUUUAUAUUUGUUACAAUAAAAGAUGAUCUUUAAAAUAAAUAUUAAUGAAGCCUAA